AUGAACAGCAUCCAGAAGCGCACCGUGCAGAAGUAUGGCUGGAAGCCUGAUCUCCCGGACCACCGCGAUUUGCACGUGCGCUUCCCGGAAACGCAGGCGCCAAGCACGAUCAAGAAGAAGGGGGAAGGGCAGAAGGAGUUGGUCGACCUCCGGCCGCUGAACGGCGGGUUCCCCAUCUUCGACCAGGGCCAUCUCGGGAGUUGUACAGCUAACGCCUUGGCAGCUGCCUUUCAUUUCACGUUGCACAAGAUGGAGGUUGAGAACCACAAGGACUUCGCCGACUUCACCCCGAGCCGCCUCUUCAUCUACUACAACGAGCGCCUGGUGGAGGGCAGCGUGAACCAGGACGCCGGGGCCAUGAUCCGUGACGGCAUCAAGGUCAUGUCCAAGGUGGGCGUUUGCCCCGAGAGCGUUUGGAAGUACGACGAUGGCCCCGAUUUCUUCAAGCAGCAGCCGGACGCCAAGGCCUACGAGGUCGCGCAGAAGUGCAGGGUCAUGGGCUACGCCCGCGUUGCACAGGACCUGAGCCAGUUCAAGAUGUGCAUCAAGAGCGGCUACCCGUUCGUCUUCGGCUUUGCCGUCCUGUCAAGCUUCCAGACAGCGGAGGUUGCCAGGACAGGCAAGAUGGUGAUGCCCCAGGCGACUGAUCAGCAGCUAGGCGGUCAUGCCGUGUGCGCCGUGGGCUACGACGACUUCCAGCAGUGCUUCAUCGUCCGCAACUCCUGGGGAGAGGGGUGGGGUGACAAGGGCUACUUCUACAUGCCCUACGAGUACAUGUGCCACCCUGCCCUGGCCUCCGACUUCUGGGCCAUCAACUGGGUGGAGGGAUUCAAGAACGCGGUGGAGCGGCAUCCGGCCAUGACUGGCAUGGACAGCCGCACCGUGCAGAAGUAUGGCUGGAAGCCGGACUUCCCCGAUCACCGCGACCUCCACGUCACCUUCCCCACGGUGGAUGCACCGAGCUCGAUUCCUGGCAGGAUUAAGAAGAAGGCGGAUGGAGCCAACGAGAUCGUAGACCUCCGCCCCAUGAACGGUGGCUUCCCCAUCUUCAACCAGGGGCACCUUGGCAGCUGCACGGCCAACGCGCUGGCAGCCGCCUUUCACUUCACUCUGCACAAGAUGGAGGUCGAGAACCACAAGGAUGGGGUGCAGGUGCCCUUCUCCACCCAAACAUCGACCUUACAGGAUUUCGCCGAUUUCACCCCGAGCCGCCUCUUCAUCUACUACAACGAGCGCCUGGUGGAGGGUAGCGUGAACCAGGACGCCGGGGCCAUGAUCCGCGACGGCAUCAAGGUCAUGUCCAAGGUGGGCGUUUGCCCCGAGAGCGUUUGGAAGUACGACGAUGGCCCCGACUUCUUCAAGCAGCAGCCGGACACCAGGUCCUACGAGAUCGCGCAGAAGUGCAAGGUCAUUGGCUACGCCCGCGUUGCACAGGACUUGAGCCAGAUGAAAAUGUGCAUCAAGAGCGGCUACCCGUUCGUGUUCGGCUUUACCGUCCUGUCUAGUUUCCAGACCGCAGAGGUCGCCAGUACUGGAAAGAUGGUGAUGCCCCAGGCGAACGACCAGCAGCUGGGCGGCCAUGCUGUGUGCGCCGUGGGCUACGACGACUUCCAGCAGUGCUUCAUCGUGCGCAACUCCUGGGGCGAGGGGUGGGGUGACAAGGGCUACUUCUACAUGCCCUACGAAUACAUCUGCCACCCCUCCCUUGCCAUGGACUUCUGGGCCAUCAACUGGGUCGACGGCUUCAAGAAUGCCAAGAAGGCCGAGUUCACGGUGGCAAAGAACGCGGCCAUGGCGAGCGUCCCCCUCCGCAGCAUUCAGAAGUUCGGCUGGAAGCCGGACCUUCCGGAUCACCGUGACCUCCACGUCACCUUCCCCAAGGUCGACGCGCCAAAGCAGAUCAAGAAGAAGGCCGAGGGAUCCAAGGAGCUCGUCGAUCUUCGCCCACUGAACGGUGGCUUCCCAAUCUUCGACCAGGGGCACCUCGGUAGCUGUACGGCCAACGCCUUGGCAGCCGCGUUCCACUUCACGUUGCACAAGAUGACGGUGGAGAACCACAAGGAUUUCGCGGACUUCACCCCGAGCCGCCUCUUCAUCUACUACAACGAGCGCCUGGUGGAGGGCAGCGUGAGCCAGGACGCCGGGGCCAUGAUCCGCGACGGCAUCAAGGUCAUGUCCAAGGUGGGCGUGUGCCCCGAGAGCGUCUGGAAGUACGACGAUGGCCCCAACUUCUUCAAGCAGGAGCCGGACGCCAAGUCCUACGAGAUUGCGCAGAAGUGCAGGGUCAUGGGCUACGCCCGCGUUGCACAGGACCUGAGCCAGUUCAAGAUGUGCCUCAAGAGCGGCUACCCCUUCGUCUUCGGCUUUGCCGUCCUGUCAAGCUUCCAGACAGCGGAGGUUGCCAGGACCGGCAAGAUGGUGAUGCCCCAGCCGGGCGAUCAACAGCUGGGCGGCCAUGCCGUGUGCGCGGUAGGCUACGACGACUUCCAGCAGUGCUUCAUCGUGCGCAACUCCUGGGGAGAGGGGUGGGGUGACAAGGGUUACUUCUACAUGCCCUAUGAGUUCAUGUGCCACCCCUCGCUUGCCUCCGACUUCUGGGCCAUCAACUGGGUGGAGGGCUUCAAGAAUGCCGCUGCGAAGCCGGGGGAGGGGACCCAUCCCUCGCAGCGCAGAGGGGAUGACGAUGUACAGCAGCUUGCUGUGGAGAGCUUCAGAGGCCCAGAAGCUCCCUUGCUUUGGCUCGAGCCCUGUGACACGUGCCCAGACUUGCUUACAAGCAACCGCAAUAUGGGAGCCUGCGAGAGCGCACCGGCUCAGGUGGGUGAGUUCAAGGUCGAGCGCCAUGCCGCCAUGAGCGGCAUGGAAAGCCGCACCGUGCAGAAGUUUGGCUGGAAGCCGGACCUUCCUGAUCAUCGCGACCUCCGCAUGACCUUUCCAACUGUGGAUGCCCCCAGCUCGAUCAAGAAGAAGGCGGAUGGCACAAACGAGAUCGUGGACCUGCGCCCGAUGAACGGUGGCUUCCCCAUCUUCAACCAGGGCCAUCUUGGCAGCUGCACGGCCAACGCCUUGGCAGCCGCCUUCCACUUCACGCUGCACAAGAUGGAGGUGGAGAACGGCAAGGACUUCGCCGACUUCACCCCGAGCCGCCUCUUCAUCUACUACAACGAGCGCCUGGUGGAGGGCAGCGUGAACCAGGACGCCGGGGCCAUGAUCCGCGACGGCAUCAAGGUCAUGUCCAAGGUGGGCGUGUGCCCCGAGAGCGUCUGGAAGUACGACGAUGGCCCUGACUUCUUCAAGCAGCAGCCGGACACCAGGUCCUACGAGAUCGCGCAGAAGUGCAAGGUCAUGGGCUACGCCCGCGUUGCACAGGACCUGAGCCAGAUGAAAAUGUGCAUCAAGAACGGCUAUCCGUUCGUCUUCGGCUUUACUGUCCUGUCAAGCUUCCAGACAGCAGAGGUCGCCAGGACUGGCAAGAUGGUGAUGCCCCAGGCGAACGACCAGCAGCUGGGUGGGCACGCUGUGUGCGCCGUGGGCUACGACGACUUCCAGCAGUGCUUCAUCGUCCGCAACUCCUGGGGAGAGGGGUGGGGUGACAAGGGCUACUUCUACAUGCCCUACGAGUACAUCUGCCACCCUUUGCUUGCCUCCGACUUCUGGGCCAUCAACUGGGUGGAGGGCUUCAAGAACGCUCAGAAGACGGAGUUCACGAUUGCGAAGAACUCUGCCGUGAGCAGCAUGCCGAUGCGCACCAUUCAGAAGUUUGGUUGGAAGCCGGACCUCCCGGACCACCGCGACCUCCACGUCACUUUCCCCAAGGUGGAGGCCCCCAGCAAGAUCAAGUUCAAGGCUGACGGGCAGAAGGAGCUGGUGGACCUUCGCCCGAUGAACGGCGGGUUCCCCAUCUUCGACCAGGGCCAUCUCGGCAGUUGCACGGCAAACGCCUUGGCAGCCGCCUUCCACUUCACGCUGCACAAGAUGGAGGUGGAGAACCACAAGGACUUCGCCGACUUCACCCCGAGUCGCCUCUUCAUCUACUACAACGAGCGCCUGGUGGAGGGCAGCGUGAACCAGGACGCCGGGGCCAUGAUCCGCGACGGCAUCAAGGUCAUGUCCAAGGUGGGCGUGUGCCCCGAGAGCGUCUGGAAGUACGACGAUGGCCCCAACUUCUUCAAGCAGGAGCCGGACGCCAAGGCAUAUGAGAUCGCGCAGAAGUGCAGGGUCAUGGGCUACGCCCGCGUUGCACAGGACCUGAGCCAGUUCAAGAUGUGCAUCAAGAGCGGCUACCCCUUCGUCUUCGGCUUCGCCGUCCUGUCAAGCUUCCAGACAGCGGAGGUUGCCAGGACCGGCAAGAUGGUGAUGCCCCAGGCGACCGAUCAGCAGCUGGGCGGCCAUGCUGUGUGCGCAGUAGGCUACGACGACUUCCAGCAAUGCUUCAUCGUCCGCAACUCCUGGGGAGAGGGGUGGGGUGACAAGGGCUACUUCUACAUGCCCUACGAGUACAUGUGCCACCCUGCGCUUGCCUCCGACUUCUGGGCCAUCAACUGGGUGGAGGGCUUCAAGAAUGCCGCCGCGAAGCCAGUCAAGAAGUAA